AUGGGUCUCGCCUUGUCUUUCCUACGCCAUGCCUUCCCAGAUCCUACGGAGCCGUCCCACGAGAAGGUUCCAUACCCAAUGGAUCCCAAUACAGCUCUUGCGAACGAGCUCCGCGGCCAGAGGUUCAGCGUAGACAUGACAAAGAGCUUCUGUGACUGGCCCUCUGGUGCAAGGAACCCCCACUACAGACGUCUUCAGAUUGAAUGCGAUCGUGUCCUCGAGAUGGGUGUUGCUGAUGCUGAGCGAUGCAAGAAAUUCAUGAAGAGUGACUUCGCCUUGUUCUCUGUGCUGUGGUGGCCGUCCGCCGACUGGGAGGACCUGUACACUGCGAUGUUAUUCACCGUGGCCCUCUUUGUCUGGGACGACACGAUUGAUACGAACGAGCACAUGCUGGCCUCCAACUUCCAGCAGGCUGAGGUCUGGCGUAACCAGUCCCUCGCUUAUUUCAGAUACCAUCUGCAGCUGUCACCGCACGAGAAGGAGCCAUACUGUCCCGAUGAUAUCUGCCUACUAUUCAAGGAAUUUGCGGAGAGAUUCUGUGAGAACUUUGGCGACGAGCAACGUCGCCGCAUGUACUCCAAGAUCGAGCACUUCGUCGCGCACAACAGGCUCGAGCAAGCCGAGCGCCUGGCUGGUCGGAUUCCCAGCUACGAUGAGUACAUGAACAUCCGUUACGGCGUGACUGGCGUACGGAUGUUCACACUCUUGCUUGAGAUCACUCAAAAGACGAAGCUCCCAGCGUGGGUCAUGGAUUCAUCUGAGAUGGAGGAGAUUGUCGAGGAAUGCAAUUUUAUCAUCAUUGUUGUCAACGACAUCCUGUCACUCAAAAAGGAGAUUGCCACGGACUGCGUCGUCAACCUCGUGCCUGUCCUGUACAAGACGGGCCUGGACCUGGAUCGGGUCAUCCCACAUCUCAUCGAUGAGAUGCACAGAUCUCGAGACCGGCUUGACUCUGCUGCUGCAAGGCUUCACACCAUGACGCUCGCAGAUCCUCAGCUGAACCAUGAUGUGACGAUGUUCAUCAACGGCAUUCGCAUCAUGGAUACCGGCACGCUGGAGUACUCGAUCGAGACAUUGAGGUACGGUGUCCGCAAGUACCUGCAACCAGAUGGGACUCUUGAAAUAGUGCUGUGA